AUGGACAUUACUGCUGUGGGCCUCGUAUGUCGUCAAAAGAGACAUUUGGCUUGUUCGUGUUCAGAAAAUCAAGAUCAUAAUAAUCGCACGAAUGCUAAGUGUGUGGAAGUACGUUGUGUAGAUAUUGUGGAUGAUAGGUCUAUUUUGGGUAAGAUGACGAAAUAUCAAGUAAUGCUUGGAGGACAUUUUGAUGGAAUCAGCAGUAAAAGGAGGUCAGAUGGUCGAAAAGAAUGUGAAUUGGUGAACGUUAGGCAUGUUAAAGGCGAAUUGAUGAAAUAUGAUGAUGUUGAUGAUAACAUUGUAGAUGUCGACGUAGCAUCUGCCCCGAACACACAGCGUCGCAAGAUCGCUUUAACAGACUUAUAUUUGAGCAACACUUUUGUUGCACAACACGGCACCUUUGAAAGAGAAUCCAAACCAGAUGUAGCGUCUGCCCAAACACAGCAUCACAAAACCACCUUAACGGACUUACAUUUGAGCAACACUUUUGUUGCUCGACGCAGCACUUGA